CUCUUAUGUGGUUUGAUAAGACCAUGCUGUCAUAUACACACUGGCGAGCAGGAAGACCAACUAUAAAAAGUGGCAAGUUUUUGGCUGGUUUAAGUACUGAUGGCUUCUGGGAUGUUCUAACCUUUAAUGCUCUCCAAGACACACUUUUUUUUCACCAGCAGAGCAUUCUUGCUUGUAAAAUUGAAAUGGUUGACUACAAAGAAGAAUAUAAUACCACACUGCCGCAGUUUAUUCCAUAUAAAGAUGGCACUUAUAAUGUUAUUCAAAAAAGGGUAACGUGGUAUGAAGCAUUAAACACAUGUUCUCAAAGUGGAGGUCACUUGGCAAGUGUUCACGACCAAAAUGGCCAGCUCUUUCUGGAAGAUAUUGUAAAACGUGAUGGAUUCCCACUAUGGGUUGGGCUCUCAAGUCAUGACGGAAGUGAAUCAAGUUUUGAAUGGUCUGAUGGCAGUACAUUUGACUACAUCCCAUGGGGAGGCCAAAAAUCUCCUGGAAAUUGUGUUGUGUUGGACCCAAAAGGAACUUGGAAACAUGAAAAAUGCAACUCUGUAAAGGAUGGUGCUAUUUGUUAUAAACCAAUACAAU